ACGGCCCGGCCGUCAGAUCUGACGAGGAGGAAGGGCACCGCACCCCGCCUCGUCCGGCCCGGCGGGAGCGGCGCGGGCGGCGGCGCGGGCGGCGGCGCGGGCGGCGGGCGUGGGGGAGACUACUGCAGGUACAGCGGCUUCGCGACGCACGCCUUUGCGGUGCGGCCGGCGAUGGCAAAGCAGCUGCUGAGGGCGACUCGCAGUUUUGGGGGGUGGUCGGGCAGCACGCCCGUAGACAGGCGGCUGCAGGCUGUCUGCUCGCAGCUGGGCGGGUGCUUGCUGACCGACCCAGGGCUGUCGAGUCCGGGCGACGCAACCAUGCGCGGCUCGUUCUACCAGGACCGCAAACAGUUCCCGUCGAUAAUCCGCGAGAACACGGGGCUGUUUUGGAAGGGCUUUUCUGAGUCGGUCGAUGCGGCGAUGUGCGUGGGUGUAGAGCGAGUACAGCUCGCACGCAAGUAGUGUAGUGUCCGCUCCGCCGCGGAGGUGAUCUAGCAAGUGUAGCACGGCGGGGCGGAGUCCGGAGACGGGAGACGGGAGUUGAACUCACUGUGAUAUGUGAUGCGCUCAUUGCAUGCAUUUUGAAAUUUUGCUCUUCAAUGGGCUCUCGU